UAAAUAAAUGCUGUGUUUUUUUUCUUAGAAAAUAGAAUCAGACGGAGUCGUCGAGAUGUAUAUGCGGUCAUUAGAGAAACACAACAUUCGUUAUUUACCUUUCAUUGGCGACGGUGAUAGUUCCUCAUUCAGAUCGGUAGAAAGUUUGAUGCCAUAUGGACCUUUGGUGAAUAUCGAAAAACAUGAGUGCGUGAAUCAUAUAACAAAAAGAAUGGGAACUGGAUUGAGAUCACUUUUAAAAGAAUUUAAAGGCAGAAAACUUUCUGAUGGAAAAAGUCUUGGAGGCAGAGGAGGAGGUUUAACAAUCGCCAAGUGUGACGUUAUUCAGAAUUUUUACGGUAAAUCAAUCCGCGAUAAUAAGGGAGAUGCAAAAGCGAUGUCAGAGGCUGUUUGGGCAAUUCUAGAGCAUUAUUCAAGUUCCUCUGAUGAACCACGACAUCAAAGAUGCCCAGUCGGGCCCACAUCUUGGUGCAGCUAUAACCGUGAUUUGUGCUUAGGCACUAAUGCUCAUAAACCGUUGAAAAAUCCACUGAGACCUGCUGUUCGCGAAACUUUGAUUCCACUGUUUACGCGUUUAGCCAAUCAGGAGUUUUUAGAAGGUGUAAAACAAUGCUAUACACAGAAUCCAAACGAAUCCCUCCACCACUUAAUUUGGACAAUCGUGCCUAAGGAGCAAAACAACUCUCCUGAAGAAAUAUCGCUUGGAAUCAGUCUUGGUGUAUGCAUCUUCAAUAGUGGUAUAAAUUACACCCUAACAAGUUUAUUCAAAAAAUGUUCCCUGCAGUACACUGAAACCAUGUCAAACAAGUGGAAAGCAAUCGAUAAUGAGCGCAUAAAGAAUGCUGAGUAUAAGAACCAAGAAACUGUAAAACUACGUCGGAAGGAGAAGAAACGUUCGCGUUGUAAGAAGCAGGAUGCAUUUCAGCGACAAGAGGGUACUCAAUACAAAUCAGGGGCUUUUCAGUCAAACUGUUCAACAAGAGGGCGCGGCUCGAAACGAAAAAAGAAAUAA